AUGGAGGACAGCAGGACCGUACGGAUUAAUUACGAGGAGGGCAUGACGGAGACCCCCAAAUUCUUCUCAGAUACGACAAUCGGUAUCGACAAGAAGAACAAGAGUAUCAAGAGGAUCGAGAAGAUCAAGAAUAAUUACGGGAUUGGACCCGAACACUACGGCUUCAACACUCCUUUUCUGAAGAAGAAGAACGCAGAGAGAUUCGGACACAGCGAUACGACCAACCUUCCCCGAGAAUCUGAGAAGCCUAUCGAGAUAGCUCAAGUUUUCGCGAUACCAUAUAUCUUCCCCGAUGAGGCACAAUAUCCAGACCUCCGCUUUGACAGCGACAGCGUAUCCAGCUGGAUUGAACAGGUCGCUCGUAUUUUCAAGAGAGCUCGACUUAGCGAUAUCGAGAAGAUCGCCGAAGUCCCGUACUGGACUAAGAAUGAGACCUAUCAGAAAAGGGUGAAGGCCGUCGUUAAUCGCCUCGACAAUUGGAACGCCGCGACGAAGGCUUUGAAAAACCUCAAAAACGAGCCUCCGCUAUCGAAUCCGUCGAAGAUCUAUACGUACUAUCUUGAUCACGAGAUCCAAGUCGAAGAGACGAAGGAUACUGUACGAGUACUAAGCGAUCUUGACUGUACUCGAGGCCUGUUUGAGAGGAUCUACGGCCACAGUCUUGAAGAUAUCAUGAGCAAAGGUAAGAUGACGUAUGAAGAGCUCUUCAAGAUGGAGUACUCUCAAGCCCAGAAGUUGCGGCUUGCGGCCUAUUAUCUCAGAAGAGACUUUAGUAUUACGAAGAACGAUAAGAGCGCUCUAUCGAUUCAGAGCUCCUCUCAGCCGCCUCAAGUACAGGAUAAUCGACUACAGACGCCAGGGCUAGUACAGCCAGAGACAGUGAAGACGCACUUCGUCCUUAAUCCCGAGGUCCGAUCAGCCGAUAUUAUAGUUACCAAGAUCCUCACUGGGUCGAUCGUCGAAGAUUUGGACAGCACGACAGUUAAACCGUUUUUACAAUCGUUUGAUCAGACGAAGAGGAACGAGAUUGCUGAUACCAAGAGGCCUACCGCUACGGACGAGGCUACCAUUGAUAAGAGGACUGCCGAUACGGACGAGAGUACUGUUGAAGAGAGGACUACUGCUACGGACGAGAGUACCGACUCUGAGAGGACUACUACCGAUACUGAGAAGAUUGAUACGAGAAUCCCAACAGUCCUGCUAUUCGGUUUGGAAGUAGACGACACUUCUCGGAGGAGCUUGUUAAGGAAGAAGAUCCGUAAGCUACCAAAGAGGACGAGGAAGAUAUCGGACAGCCAGGCAGAAUCGAGAAAGAUGAGCGUUGAAGACCUUGUUAGUCCGCCCUGCUACUUCGACUGGCAGGAAGAUAAGUGGAAAAAGAAGAGUCCUAGUGAUACGAAAAGGUAG